CCGGGUCCGACGUCACGUGGCGGCGCGGCCCGCCUCCCGGUGACGUCAGCGCGCCGGCCGGCGUGCAGAAAGGAUGCUCGGCUGCGGGGCAGGUGGGCGGCCGGCCUGCGCCAUGAGGCACGGCAGGGCUGUCUAGCAUGGUCAGUGAGGGCGCCAUGAGUGGCUCUGGGAACCUGAUGGAUUUUCUCGAUGAGCCCUUCCCUGAUGUGGGGACGUACGAGGACUUCCACACCAUUGACUGGCUGCGGGAGAAGUCACGGGACACUGACAGACACCGGAAGAUAACGAGUAAGAGCAAGGAGUCCAUAUGGGAGUUCAUCAAGAGCCUGCUGGACGCCUGGUCGGGAUGGGCGGUGAUGCUGCUCAUCGGCCUGCUGGCAGGCACCCUGGCUGGGGUGAUCGAUCUGGCCGUGGACUGGAUGACCGACCUGAAGGAGGGCGUGUGCCUCUCGGCCUUCUGGUACAGCCAUGAGCAGUGCUGCUGGACCUCCAACGAGACUACCUUUGAGGACAGGGACAAGUGUCCGCUGUGGCAGAAAUGGUCGGAGCUCCUGGUGAAUCAGUCGGAGGGUGCCAGUGCGUACAUUCUCAACUACCUGAUGUAUACGCUGUGGGCUUUGCUUUUCGCGUUUCUGGCUGUGUCCCUGGUGCGCGUGUUUGCGCCCUAUGCCUGUGGCUCCGGAAUCCCAGAGAUAAAGACCAUCUUGAGUGGGUUUAUCAUCAGGGGCUACUUGGGGAAGUGGACUCUGCUCAUCAAGACUGUCACCCUAGUUCUCGUGGUGUCCUCGGGCCUGAGCCUCGGCAAAGAAGGGCCGCUGGUGCAUGUGGCAUGCUGCUGUGGCAACUUCUUCAGCAGUCUUUUCUCCAAGUACAGCAAGAAUGAAGGCAAGAGGCGCGAGGUGCUCUCGGCCGCUGCUGCUGCGGGAGUCUCCGUGGCCUUCGGUGCUCCCAUUGGGGGAGUGCUCUUCAGUCUAGAAGAGGUCAGCUACUACUUUCCCUUGAAGACACUGUGGCGCUCCUUCUUCGCGGCCCUCGUGGCGGCCUUCACGCUGCGCUCCAUCAACCCGUUUGGGAAUAGCCGUCUGGUUCUCUUCUAUGUGGAGUAUCACACACCCUGGUACAUGGCCGAGCUCUUCCCCUUCAUCCUGCUGGGGGUCUUCGGGGGCCUCUGGGGCACCCUCUUCAUCCGCUGCAACAUUGCCUGGUGCCGGAGGCGCAAAACAACGCAGCUGGGGAAAUACCCGGUGCUGGAGGUGAUCGUGGUGACGGCCAUCACUGCCAUCAUCGCCUACCCCAACCCCUACACGCGCCGGAGCACCAGCGAGCUCAUAUCACAGCUCUUCAAUGACUGCGGAGCCCUUGAGUCCUCGCAGCUCUGUGACUACAUCAACGACCCCAACAUGACCCGGCCCGUGGAUGACAUUCCCGACCGGCCUGCCGGUGUCGGGGUCUACACGGCCAUGUGGCAGCUGGCCCUGGCGCUCAUCUUCAAGAUCGUCAUCACCAUCUUCACCUUCGGUAUGAAGAUCCCGUCGGGCCUCUUCAUCCCCAGCAUGGCUGUGGGCGCCAUGGCAGGCAGGAUGGUGGGCAUCGGCGUGGAGCAGCUGGCUUAUCAUCACCACGACUGGAUCAUCUUCAGAAACUGGUGCCGGCCCGGAGCGGACUGUGUCACCCCGGGACUGUACGCCAUGGUGGGGGCUGCCGCCUGCUUAGGUGGAGUGACCAGGAUGACGGUGUCAUUGGUGGUCAUCAUGUUCGAGCUCACGGGCGGCCUCGAGUACAUUGUGCCCCUGAUGGCAGCUGCUGUCACGAGCAAGUGGGUGGCGGAUGCCUUUGGGAAAGAGGGCAUCUACGAGGCACACAUCCACCUGAAUGGGUACCCAUUCCUGGACGUGAAGGACGAGUUCACCCACCGCACGCUGGCCACUGAUGUCAUGCGGCCCCGGCGGGGAGAGCCGCCACUGUCGGUGCUCACUCAGGACAGCAUGACCGUGGAGGACGUGGAGACGCUUAUCAAGGAGACAGACUACAAUGGCUUCCCUGUGGUGGUGUCCAGAGACUCGGAGCGCCUCAUCGGAUUCGCGCAGAGGAGGGAGCUCAUUUUGGCCAUCAAGAACGCCAGGCAGAGGCAGGAGGGCAUCGUCAGCAACUCUAUCAUGUACUUCACGGAGGAGCCUCCUGAGCUGCCGGCCAGCAGCCCUCAGCCCCUGAAGCUGCGGCGUGUCCUGAACCUCAGCCCUUUCACGGUCACAGACCACACCCCCAUGGAGACCGUGGUGGACAUCUUCCGCAAGCUGGGGCUCCGCCAGUGCCUGGUGACGCGGAGCGGGAGACUUCUUGGCAUCAUCACAAAAAAGGACGUUCUGAGACAUAUGGCCCAGAUGGCAAACCAGGACCCCGAAUCCAUCAUGUUUAAUUAGAAGCAAGGUGGCACUGAUUCCGAGGAAAACACAACUGUGUAAUUUUAAAGAUGUAAAUCAUAUGUUAUUACCCUCAUGAACCAUUGUCUGCUGGGGGGCAUCGGGAACAAAAGCCUCAUUUGAAAGAAAGGGAAGAAGAUGAAACCAUUUUAGGAAACAAUAUCCAUCAGCAAGUAGACAUUUUAUAGUGUUAACCCCUACAGUUUCAAGCUGUGUUUGUUAUUGAGUUCACUGACGGCCAUGAGGGCCGGGGCUCGGAGUAACCGUUGCAGCUGUCCAUGGAGCACAUGCACCCAGUCCAGCUACCUUUGUCCCUUCUGCUCGCAGCUGCUGCUCAGGAAACUUGGAGCCCCAGUGGUCCAGGGUUAGGGUUAUUUAUUGGUUCCUGCAGAUUCACUGCUUUGUCCCUGCACUAGAGUAUAGACAUUCGUACUUUGCUGGAAGAGGAACUUCAUUUGAACAUACUACAAGUUGUCCUGGUGACUUCAUCCUUCCUUGCUCCUGUCCUCAAACUGUUGUUUUGCUUUUUGGUUCUGACCUAACAUCUGAAUAAGUGCGAAGCCAUCAUUUGUCCCUGCAAGGCCAGCAUCUUGGGACUGCCUGGUGAUCUCUUGGGCCUUUGUGCUGCCUGCUGCAUUUCCUGCUCUACCGGGGGAUUCACCCUGACUUUGCAGGUGCACACACCCCGUCAUGCAUCUGCACCUCUCUUGCAUUUACUUCAUUUAUUUAUCACUGCUGCUGCCUGUGCAUUGUGAAGUAGCCAUCAGUAUGCCACUUUCCAUGGGUCGUAGCCUGUCGAUGGCCAGCUCGCUGUAAGAGUGCUUUACUUUCCAACUAGCAUGUAGCAGAGUCCGAACAGGCUCCCCAGAGUUACUACACUCCUUCUCAGAUCUGAUUAAAUACGGCGACAGAGGGCAAAGCAUGAGUUCUCAGUGGGAACUCCUCCAAAUGGACUGCAAGAAAGAGACUAAAUUGAUUCUAAAUCUAUUCCAUUCUCUUCUCUGUAGGAUGCAAAAUGUCCUGCUUGAAUGUAUUAACCGUGUACUUUCACACUAGUAGUCAGCUGACAGGACACAGUUCUAUUUCAGAUGGCAGAGUAGAGCGCUGAGGAUCUCUGUCUUUGAGAUGGACAGAGGCGGCGUCUCCUCCUGGGACCUCCAUCUUCUCUGUGGGGAGGAACGGAGCUGCGUGUCUAGGACCUCUGUAGGAUCUGCGAAGAGUAGGGCUCUUCAGCCUGUUUGUUCCUCUUCUCUGAUCUGUCCUCUUCCUCGUCCACCUCAUCAUUGGAUAAUUAAUGUGCAUGCACUGGGCUGCAAAGAGGUGCAAACCUGCCAAAACCACAUAAUGCUGAGUAAGACACUGGGGCGGAAAAUCAGGCCCAGCCCCAUCCUCUCAAGGAUCCACACUCUUGGGGACUCUUUCACCAUCAUCUUCACCCUUUGUCCCAGGGAUUAUUGCUUCCUGGGUGCCAGAGUGCCAGGAACGAGCUCUACUAGCUCAGCUGGAUGUGGCAAGGGAGGAAAUCAGCCACUGCCACCCGGCCUUAGCUGGAGUUGGGUCACGUGGUUCCCUACUAUGUGUGAGUCUGCCAAGGCAGCUUUGGAGCUAGCAUGUCACUCUGAUGAAAUGGAGAGUGUUGUUGCAGGGGAGGGGUGGGCCUUGGGUGCGUUGUGCUCUUUGCCCUCACUGUCAUUUCUGCUCUGUCCUGAACAUUCUUGGAGCCUUGUCGUCCCUGCUGUUCUCUCUCCCGGCUGACGCAUUCCCACCGGAACCUGUCACCGCACAGCCAGAGUGAAAAACUCAUGUGGGCCACCAACCUAGCCACCAGCAGGCUCGUCAGAAACUUGGACUUGGUGGAAGAAAAUCCACUGAUAUAGGCCGGUUCGCCAUCAGCUCCUCUGAGAACCCACAGGAGCAGCGGCAGGUCGGCCACCGAGUGAGAGGACUGGCUGGCAAGUUGGGAGGAAUGGCCGCAAGCGAGGCUGGGUUCUUCCUCUGGGCUUGAAAUCCUCCUUCUUCGCUCCCCUGUGGCCUCCUCCAAGAGUGUGGCUCAGAGGUGGGCUGGGGAUGAGCCAGGCUGGCCACGGGGCUGGCCCGGAGCUGCAGUGGGGACAGGAAACAGUAUACAGUGCCCUGGGGCCACAGUCAUCUCAAAGAACCGAGCCCACCCCCUCCCCCCAGUGCCUCAUAUAGAUGUAGCCGAGAAUGGUUGGCAACCCCGGGAGCUUCAUGUGACUUAAAAAUCUUUGCUUUCUUCCAGAACUUGAACUUCUAAUUGGUUGUGGGGUUCAGACGCUCCUCCAAGAAGUCUGAGGUCAGGCAGGUGGGCUAAGGUCUGGGAAGGUAGGGUGAGCAAGGGGUGCCUCCCUCUCCUGGAUCCUUAACUAUGCCUAGUCUCCAGAUCCAGACCUUAGACUCCACAGGAACCUGCCACGGCCUUUGAUCACCCUCCCUCAAAAUACAGGGGGCAGGGGUUUGGGGACAGGGGGUGCCUUUACUGUCUCCCAAUUUAAGUCUUCCAUCUGGUCUACCCAGUGACCAAAGAGCCAGAUUCCAAGAACUGGGGUGCUGAGGGGAAAAAAACCAUUUCAGAAGGAUGCGGUAUCUCUUUCCGUAACCAAAGCAUAUCGACCUUUGUACAACUUUCUGGAUUCUCUCAGAGUCCAUUUUUUAAUGUAAAUAAAUACAAAUAUGCAGUGGAAAGGGGGUCCCUUAAUGAGGCCCAUUAAUCUUUUUCUUGCACUCUCUCUCUACGGAAAUGUGCUAUAGAGGGAUGGAUGCCAGAUAAAAUGUCCUGAAGGUGACAGAUGAAAUUCUUGUCAGUGCUUCUUAGCAUGGACCUAGAUGCAGAUUUUUAGGGGAAGGGAAUGUGCUAGAAGCAGUUCAGUAUUCAGUGGUUGCUGUUAGAUACAGGACAUUCGGUUCUUCCCAGAAACACCUUCCAAAGAAGAUGUAAAAACAGACAUAUUUGGUGCACCUAGAAACUGAACAUUUUUGAGGAGUUGGCUUCAUUCUGGUGACAGCAGCUUAGUUGAACUCCUCAAGGGGUGUAACAUCCAUUCAGUAGUGACUAUCCAUUUCAGCUUGGCGCUGAGCUGAAAAAGAGGAGAAACCAAGAGGGGGGUCUGCGGACUCACCUCCUCAUCAUAAUAGUCUUCCUUUGUGCAGCUCGGGCCUGGGCGCUCCACAGGUUCCGCUUCCUGCCUUGCCAUCCGUUUGCAGGAGCGGGAUCUGACUCUCAGCUGGGUGCACUCACCAGGCUUGUGGCCACUAUAACUGUCAGCCUCGCAACUUUCAUGAACUCGGCGAGCAUUCGGUGUUGGAAUGACCACAGAGGAGUGUGGUCUCUGCAUUGUAACGCUGUGUGAACAUUGGCACCUUAUUAAAAAUGAAAUGUUUCAACUGUAUUUUUCAAAAUAAAACUAGCAGAGAGUCCUUGAGAAGCACGUUGUGUGUGAACGGGAUACUGACUUCACAGCUUAUUUCUACCCAGCAGAGCCUUCAGGAGCCUGUAUUUGGACGACUGCGGAGAUGCCCUGCCAAGCCCGAGACCCACGCAAGAGUGUCACGCAAGAGUGUGACACAAGUCUGGGCUGCUUGCCAAUCCCUGUUCUUAGCAGGUGGGCAGAAGCCAAAUACAAAUGCAGACUGGGGCUGGAAAUUUCCAUGGACAGACGGACAGGACCACUGGGCCCCAGGUCAUCUGUGUGUCCGCCCUGGGCGAGGGAGCAGCUGGGGAGGAUUCUUCCCUUCUAACUCAUUCUUCCGUUCCUCCUUUCAACAGAAUCCGUUCUGUCGGAGCCUAGAGUGGUUUGAAUCAUGCCUUGCCUUACCAGUUUGUGUAUUUUGAAGUUUUCAACUCGAAAGCUUUUAAAACUGCAGAAAAGCACAAAGGAUGCUGACAUAGGCUUCACCUAGAAGAGAUGCGUCCCCUCCGAUUAUAGGAGGUGGGCAGCUUGGGGCAUGACAUCAGUCGAGUGGACAGGAAGUGUGUGUUUCCUGAAGUGAAGUGAGACGUGGCCUGCUGGGAAGCAGGUCGGCAUGCCUGGCUGCCCCCUAAUACCUGGCCUGGGAGGGAGCAUCUGACAUGGGUUUUAUUUUCUUUUGGGAGGCAGGGAGACACCAGCAGAUGCCGGGGAGAUGGGGGUGUGGGGCCAGGUAAUGAUGUGACUCAAUGUGCAUUCUCCAUGGCCCACUCAGGCUGGCUUGUUGCAGGAGUAGACAGCAGGAGGCUGGCUAGGAGCCUCGCAAGGACGCAAGUGAUGACAAGCUUGUCCCAGAGAGAAUCUUGGAUUCCGGCUGCUUUGCAGGCAGAGUGGAUACCAAAUGGUACCACCAAGUUGCUGUUUUCUAACAUGGGCCCGACUAGGUAAGGGGCCUCCUUUUGUUAGUUUUAAAAUGAAAAUAUUUAGAGUGUUUCUUUCCCGAGUGGUACUUGUCCUCAUAGUCACUCUGACAAAACUUGGCUACAUUCUGCUCUAUCCAGUGGAACUGGGGGCUCCAGGCUGAUCUAGAGAAGUUGAAUCUGGACACCCCCCACCCCCCGCCAAGUGCCAGCCAUGCACUCCCAUACUCUGAGCAUCUGCCCUGUGGAUGCUGUCUACUGGAGCUCCGUGUUUCCACUCAGUUCAGGGGAAUUGUAAGCUUGUGGAUGUCAAUCAAGCCAUUAAUAUAGGGGUGGCAUAAAAGCCAUGCCUGGAGACACACAUGCUCUAGCACUGUCCUAACAAACAGCCAAAUAUUGCAGCUCUUUGGGGGUCACACUGAUGUUGGUGCCCGUAGGGUCUUGCUGAGAUUCCAGCCCUGUGACCCCAAGCUGAGUGACUUUAGCCAGUACUUACUCCUAUAGUGCAUGGGGCACCAUCUUGUGGUGUUGGGGAUCGAACUGGAGUCUGCUGUGUGCAAGGCUCCAGCCCCUACCCCCAGACCUCUCAGGGGAGGCCACCGACCCUAACUUAAUGGGGAAUGAGAAAGCCACAGGAGGCUUUCAGAGAGCCACACCCGUUUCUCUAGCUCUGCCGGGGGAGCAGGAACCACGGGAAAAGGACCCUUUGACUUGCAGCAAGUCACCCAGUGCAAGGGUAGAUGUAACUUGUUUCUUUGCCAUUAGAAACUCAAGGUCUGCUGCUCUUCCAGACAGACGGAACUCUCGGCCUGCUGCUGCUGUAGACACGAGAGUCAUGAGUGCAGUUCAGCAUGGGCCAGGCUGUGUGGGCUGCAGGAUUUCCCUCCAACUCGGUGCUUCAAAGCCAGAGAGGCUGAAUGCACGAGCACUGUUUGUCCCAAAGGUGACAAGCCAGCUUGACCUUCUGGGAGCUUAGCUAGAGCUAACCAGAAUGGCUAUACAAAUCCUUUUCCAGGUCACAAACGUCUUCCUGUGCUUGCACCGACAGAAGGGACGCGACCCUUCCCGGUCCUGGGCCGGUGCUCCAGCUGACACUGCCUGCGGUUCCCCCCCACACACACUGGUAGCUUAUCAGCUAGAAAGAAGCUACCAUCUGUGACAGCAGAGAGGGAGCAUCUCUUGCUGGCAGCUCCCCAGCGUUGCAUUAAAGAAAUGCCUUUUGCUUUCCCGAUGAGCAGUGAGUGGCGAGCACCUUGUGGGGAUUUCCAAACCCCUUCAGUCGCCAUUUGGCUCACAGGAGGAAGGGAGCAAUGUCUGUAGGAUUCCAAUCUUGGUUAUGGAACACAUAUUUCAAAGAUGAAACAGCCAUCGUCAAUCCAAACGGUUUGUGCCAGAGAAAUUGCAAACACAUCCACAGAGCCUUACGUUGCAGGCUGUGUGACAGGGCCAGAGGUGCUUGUAGAACAGUCCUUCCUGCCUUGAGUUUCCAUGUUCAUUCCGCACACGCUUUCAGUGACUCAGUGACUCUGGGGCUCCCCUCCUGCCCGUGCCCCUCUACACACGUGUUUCCAGACCUCACUAACCUGCAGGGAACAGAAGAUUUCCCUUGUGGGACAGGUUUUCUGACUUUUCUUUUUCAUUGUUUUUUGUUUUGGGGGCCACCGCUGGCAGUGCUCGGGUAUUACUCUUGACUCUAUGUUCAAGAAUUAUUCCUGGCAGGCUCGGGGAACCCUGUGGGAUGCUGGGGUAAAGCCAGGUCGGCCGCGUGGAAGGCACAUGCCUGACCCCCUGUGCUGUCCUUUGGGCCCUUCUGGCUUUUCUCAAACUUAACCUGUCCCCAGAAAGCCUCAGGCAUUGCCAGGAAUGAAUGGCCCCGGGUGGUUUGUAUAGUGACAAGUUGCCAAGGCUCAGUUGCUCCACCAGGCAGGCCCCGCCCAAAGGGCCAGCUGCCCAGGGCAGAGCAGAUGUGGGGACGCAAAUGGAAAUUUCCAUAUGCUGGGCCUGGGGCAUCAGGAAGUUUCUUCUAGAAUUUGCAGCCAAGUGACCUGGGUGCCGCUGGUGUACCUGGGGCUUUAAACACACCAUCCGGGCAUUAGGGGCAGGGAAGGACGUGGGUCCCAGCCCAGGGUCUGGGUGUGCAGUGGCACACUGGGGGACUCUGCCUUAGGGGACAUGACGGAAGGUCAGAAGUGCCACAACCUGGGUGUCUGGUCAUGUGACCGGCCUGAGAAACAAGGUCUUAGUUCAGCCCUGCUGCCUCCUUCCUCGCUGUCCAGCUCUGGGGCUCAGUCCUUUGCGGGGGACAUCCUGUUAGCUGUCAGAGUGACACUGCUAGUGCAGAGCCUUGGGGGCCGGGGAGACUGUGCUUUCACGUCUUUGGGGGUGACUGUUGGUCCCAGCAAAGGUGGGGUGGGGGUGCCCAAGGGCUGGGGCUUUGGUGUUCAGCACCUUAGAGGAGGCAGCUGUGCUGGCACUGCCUGGAUGAGCCUUGGGUACCCAGCUCCCCUUUGCUGCUGCUGACUCCCGCUUCACUCCCCCCACCCGCACACGUUGGCCCAUCUCGGAAACUUCCCCAGCGGACUAGGAGCAGUUUUUGACUUCUCUGGAGGUUGGGUGCUCCCAUGGGCCAGCCGCAGCAGCAGGGCCCCCCAGGAGGCCCUUCAGCAUUUCUGUAAGGCAUGCAUUGGCACAGCCAUGCCCAGUGCGGCUCACACAGGGCAUUGCCUUCCAGCUGCCCCGUAGACGGCAGAGCCUGCAAAGCUGGAAAUACUUCCUUUCUGGCCCUUUAUGGAAAAUGCUGCCAACCCUGACAGCCAGUGAGGAUCACCGGCCGCUGGACAACCACCAGGAGUCGUUUAGGGUUCUCGCACUGAGCGCAGGGCACGGAGAUGCAUUUGCAGCAGGAGUGGGAGAGGCGAGAUGCUGGUGGACUAAGACCAGCAUGUUUAGCUGUUUCUCUAACAGCUUCAUGUGCCAGACACAUUGGCCCUGGGUCGGCCCCGCCAGCGGUGUCGUGACAGAUGUUAAGGCUGAAGUACGUUUUCUGUCAGUGGAUAGGAAUACCUCAUGUUUGACUCGCUCUGCCAUUUAGGAAGGCAUAUGGGGGUGGUGUUUGCGCCACACCUGGCAAUGCUCCGGGCUUCCUCCUGGCUCUGUGCUUGGGGACCCUUGCAGCGCUGGGGACUGAAGUGUGAAGGCAUUUCAGUAUUUAUGUAUGUUGGCUCCUCUUCUUGGUCCUCUAAAGUAGAUUAUACCCAUUGUUCAGAGGACAGAUCUGAGGCCCAGAAGUGACAGCCCAGGAGAUGCCUUGUGGGGCUUUCACAAUGGGUUGGGACAUGAGAUGCUGCUUCCGUCCAUUUCCAUCCAUGGGUGGGGGGGGUGUAGUGGACCCCGGGGUGGGGUGUAGUUGAGUGAUUCUAACGGGCAGUCCAAGUCACUGGAUAGUCCCUGGGUUCCGGGGACUUACCCACCAGCCUGGCACGGCUACAGGGUCUGCCAGAGCUCAAACCUGUUUCUUCUGGGGGACUUGAAGUCUGGGAACUGUGCCUGGCUUGAAUUAGUGCUCAAGUUCGACUAACCCAGUGAUCUGACCCAGUGAUUCUGCAAGUGCAGCGGCUGUUUGCAAGGGCCGCUUCUCUGACUUGCCCUGCAUAUGGUUAAUGCACAAAUGAGGACACAGCCCAGACACCAAGCCUCCCCCAUUCAGCUGCAGCUCCAGUUUGAGACCAAAGAUGAUGGGAAGAUGGCCCAGAUCUGAGGUGCUUGAAGCCAAACACACACACACACACACACACACACAUGCUCCCUCGCUGGGGGAAAAUCGCCCUGGUGGGGCUGGGAUAAGGCAGUAUUAGAGGGGUCCAAUCCGGAGAUCCCAGGGCAGCAGCGAGAAAGACACGCCUCUGUAGCUGAGUUUUCCUUGGGGUAGCGCUGCGGGGGGUACCGGGUAGAAUUCACACAUUCCAUAGCUGUGCCGGCAAGUCAGGGUGGUUUGGUUUCAUUUCAGUUUUGUUCUGUAAAGUUUGGGGCAGGGGCUCAGAACCAGAAAACCCUUUGAGAGCUGAACAUUCUUGCGUGAUGAAAUGAGCCCUUUUCUGCUUGGAGCUCAAGUCACAUUCUUUGCUGCGCUCAGUCCAGGUGUCCCCUUUUAAUUGCAUUUUGUAUUCAACUGCACGGGCUGGCUCCUAAUCACUCCAGUGCCUUUGCCCCUGCAGCUGGAACUUCAAAGGCCCCAGAAGUCAUAUUGUAAUGUGAGCUUCCCGACUGUGCCUGAGACGAGACGGUACACAGAAGGGGCAGACAGGACUCAUCCAAGGACAGGGAUGCUCAACCUGGUCCCCGGCACCUCUCAGCCCCCUCCCCACCCCAGCAUUGCCAGUCCCGGUCAGAAUUCAGGUCUGUUCAUUCUGGUGGCUGAAAGUGAGGGGACAAGGGAAGUAUAAACUGAUUGCAGACUCCCCCAAAGGCCCACAGUUGGGUGAAAUCAGACUAUUUGGUUUGUUUUUUUCUUUUUGUGUGUGCAAUUUUUUUGAGCAUUCACACAGCCCAGAUGUAAUUGCAAGGCACAGGCUGUUUCCAAGAUGGGUGGAGCAUGUGUGCUCACUAGGGUUUCAACACUACACGUCGGCAUUGCUGUUAGGCCCCGUGAGCUGACAAGCAGCCCUCACCUGACUGAGGAGCAUCAAUUUGCAGCUCCAGAGUGCUGUUCUUGGAAGCACAUGCUGUCACUUGUUUCUUCAGCCCAGAGCUGAUGUAGAGGAGUGAGUCCAUAAGUGGGAAUUCUGAAGAUGAGAAGCUGGGAUUGGCUUUCUUGGUCAAUCUCUGCAUUCCUCAAGGUUAAGGAAAUGUGAGCUCAUUAUCUUACUCUAUUGUUUCAGUAGACUGUGUAUUGGUGAUGAUGAUAGCAUACUUUUGAAGAAUGAAUAAAAGUGUUGAAAAAAAUCAGCUCUCUCAUCAUGACCUUUCAGAGUAAACCAAGAAAAUAAUCCUGGUAGAGUUUUCUGGAGACAUAGGGAAUUUCUCCCAAAGAGACCCAUUGACUAUUGUAUAAAGUGUUUCUGAAAUGGUAAUCUGCUCAGUGUUCUGUGGAGUCUUGAGCGUCCAAGGAAUAAAUUUGAAAGUGGAGUCUGGAGACUCUCUAUGCCUUGGUGUAUCUUUGAUCUAACCAAACCUGCAAAGAAAUAUGGCAGGCUCCACAUACCACGGUGACUCAGGAAAUUCAGGCCUGUGACUUUCCAAACCUGUCACAUCAAAGGGGAAAAUGCCUCACUCACUGGAGACUGUGUUUGAAAGAGCAUAGAAAUGAGAUAAAGUUUCUGUGUUUCUGGAUGUGGUUAAUAGAUUCUCUUAUUUAAAUAUAAGAAAUUCUGUUCACUUAGUUGAAAAAUACUCUAAAGAAGUAUCUAAUUAUCAUGUUUGAAGGAAAUAAAAGCAUGACUAUAAAUAAAAAGAGCUUCUUAAUCUUCA